GACGUAAACGUGGCAUGAGACGAGACAGCCAGGUUUAACGCCGAAUCGAACGACGAUGUCAAUUGAUGGCAAUCAUUUGAUUAUCCAAGCAUGCCAACAAACCUUAUCGCGUCUAGCGCUAAACCCAAUUGUUCGAGAUCCCGGGAUUUACGCGUUACUUGAUUCACGUCGGGUGUAAACACCAUGGAAAGCUGAAGGGAAUCGGAGCAGCCAUGUUUAGCGCUAGAGUCGGGACAAACGACACGCGUUCACGUUUCGCUCGUCAAGGGCGAGCGUCGUGUCAUGGUUCGCCUGGCGCUCAGCAGAAAAAAUGACAGCUGAUAAGGAUUGCACACACUGCUUAGUGUGCAAUAGUAAAGCUGGAGUAUCUACUAGAAAUAGCGUUCGCAUCUUCAAUGAUUCGACUAAUACUACAUCGGAGAAGUCACUUGCUGAUAUUAUAGCAACCGUUUUAAAAAAAGAUAUUAAUGAGGAAUCUGUUCAUUCCCUUGUCAUUUGUAAAAAAUGCUUUAAAUUAUUCAAUGAGGUUGAUGAACUUGAAACUAGAUUAACAGAAAUCAAGCUUGAAUUGUUUAACAAUUAUAAAAAAACAGUAAAGAAAUUGCCUAAUAUACUUUAUAAUGAAGAAGAAUAUAAUGAUCAUGAUUACAUAGACAGUACAGAAAACAAUGAUGAAACAGAGGAGAGAGAUGAUGUACGAAAUGAUAAGGACUUUACACCAGAUGAUACACCAGAAGAAGAAGAAGAAUUUCUUGGAAAUACAGAAGAAAUUGUAUUGGAAGUUGAAGAACUAAAUGAUAAUUCGGAUGAAUCUGUCACAAUACAAAAUUUAAAAAAGAAAUUGAAAAAGAAACUCAAUAUGAAAGUAGACACUAAUCAAGAACAAAUUGUACUUAGAGAUGAAUCUUCAUACAGUUGCUUGUUAUGUACAGAUGAAAAGGAAAAAGUUACGGCAGAUGCUAAAACUAUUAUAGCGCAUAUGAAAGAUGUACAUGACGCUCGUUUGUAUAUUUGCGACGUGUGUGGGCAAGAUUUCAGGAAAAGAAACGAACUUUCCUUACAUCUUGAUGAUCAUGUUGCAAAGGAGGAAGGGGAUUUUCAAUGUGAGAUAUGUAAUAGAAUAUUUAGUAACUUACGAUUAUUCCGAAUUCAUAAAAGGAUACAUUAUCCGCAAGUGAAGUCAUGGCCCUGUGACGUAUGUGGAAAGAGAUAUAGUUCUAAAAAUUUAUUGGAUGAACACAUGAAUAUACAUAUGGGUGUACGCCCAUAUGUGUGCGAGACAUGUAAUAAAGACUUUGCAUCCAAAUAUACAUAUAAAGCGCACGUAAAAACACACGAAGUACGACCUCGUCCAUUCGAGUGCACUCAAUGCGAUAAAACAUUUUUGAACCAGCAAAAUUUGAAUCAACAUGAACGAACACAUAAGGGAGUAAAGGAGCAUGUAUGUCACCAAUGUGGCAAAGCUUUUGGCUCACAUCACAAUUUAGAAGUACACAACAUAGUGCAUACUGGAUAUAAACCCUAUAUAUGUAGAAUAUGUGGCAAAGCAUUUGCACGUAAAGCAGAAAUACGCGAUCAUGAACGAACUCAUACAGGUGAGAAACCUUAUCAGUGUGAAUUCUGCGGAGCAACAUUUAGUCAGAGAUCAAAUCUGCAAUCCCACAAGCGAGCAACACAUUAUAAUGAUAAACGUUACAUAUGCGACAAAUGUCAAAAAGGUUUCAAACGAAGAAGGUUGUUGGAUUAUCAUAUAAAAGCAGCUCAUACUGGCGAAAGACCAUACAAAUGUGACGUAUGUACAGCUACAUUCGUCUAUCCUGAGCACUUUAAGAAACACAGGCGCAUACAUACGGGCGAGAAACCUUUUCUUUGUGAGGUCUGUGGUAAAGCUUUUAAUAGCAGGGAUAACAGAAAUGCACAUAGAUUUAUUCAUAGUGAUAAAAAACCAUAUGAAUGUUUGAGAUGUGGAAUGGGAUUUAUGAGAAAACCAUUGCUUUAUGCCCAUAUGCAAACUCAGGGUCACUUAAAUGAUACCAUAGUAGUGAAUCAACCACGAUUGACAACAGAAGAAGAGCAAGUAAUAACGAUUCCUGAUAAUGGCGAACUAUUGAUGGAAGACGCUGAAACUGGACAGUUGAAUGAAACCGGAUUGUAUGUGACUGAAUUGAAAGACCACGUAAUUAUACAAGAAGGAGAUCAAAUUUAUAACGACGAGGCUGUUUUAUUGAAAAUACCUGCAGAAGAAACUGUAAGCGGUGAAGUGAGUCAUAUCGUUGUUGAGGAUCAGAUGGAUUUCGUGGAAAAUGAUGAUAUUGAAUGCAAAACCGAAGCUGUAGAACAAGUGGAAACGGUUUACACUUAUAAUGAGAAUGAUGAAGGUGAGACAAUAGUUGUGCCAGCCACUACGGAUUAUAAAGAGAUAGUAGAGGACAAAAAUGUGCGAUUAGUACAGAUCAGAUUUCCCUCAUCUGUUGAUGGAGAGGGUAGAAGUUGGUUGAGUUUAGUACCAAAUACUUGAAUUUUUCAACAUUAUUAAUAUACCUUACAUAAUUGGCUGAAAAACUAUAAACAUCUAAUUAGAAAAAUGAUAUUAUUUUUAUAGGUUU